AAUGCUUGAAAUAAUUCCGCUUCCGUUUGGAGCAGGGAGCAGCCUCUCGCUCCAGCUGGGUUUCAAACCUGCCUCCCCUCAGCCCUGAACUCGGGCGCGGCAUGGCAACCUCUCCCCCGAAAUCCCCCUCGACCCCCAAGUCCCCCACCACCCCCAAGUCGCCCCCGUCGCGGAAGAAAGAUGACUCCUUCUUGGGCAAACUUGGCGGGACCCUGGCCCGGAGGAAAAAAGCCAAAGAAGUGUCUGAACUACAGGAAGAAGGAAUAAAUGCCAUUAAUUUACCUCUCAGUCCAAUUCCAUUUGAACUAGAUCCUGAGGACACGAUGCUAGAGGAAAAUGAAGUCCGAACAAUGAUUGAUCCAAAUUCAAGAAGUGACCCCAAAUUACAAGAGCUAAUAAAGGUAUUAAUUGACUGGAUUAAUGAUGUAUUGGUAGGAGAAAGGAUCAUUGUGAAGGACCUUGCUGAAGACAUGUAUGAUGGACAAGUAUUACAGAAAUUAUUUGAGAAACUUGAGAGUGAAAAACUGAAUGUUGCUGAAGUCACACAGUCUGAAAUUGCUCAGAAGCAGAAGUUACAGACAGUUCUUGAAAAGAUUAAUGAAACCCUUAAACUUCCUCCAAGGAGCAUCAAGUGGACUGUUGACUCUGUUCAUGCAAAAAGUCUUGUAGCAAUACUUCGUCUUUUGGUUGCAUUGUCACAAUAUUUUCGGGCACCAAUCAGACUCCCAGACCAUGUGUCCAUUCAGGUUGUUGUUGUCCAGAAACGAGAAGGAAUCCUCCAGUCCCGACAAAUCCUAGAGGAAAUAACUGGUAACACUGAGGCAUUAUCAGGAAGGUAUGAACGGGAUGCAUUUGACACUUUAUUUGACCAUGCUCCAGACAAGCUCAAUGUUGUAAAAAAGACCCUCAUCACUUUUGUGAACAAGCACCUGAAUAAACUGAAUUUGGAGGUUACAGAACUGGAAACCCAGUUUGCAGACGGUGUGUACCUAGUGCUGCUAAUGGGUCUCCUGGAGGGCUAUUUUGUGCCUCUGCACAGCUUUUUCUUGACUCCUGAUAGUUUUGAACAAAAGGUCAUUAAUGUGUCCUUUUCAUUUGAGCUAAUGCAAGAUGGAGGAUUGGAAAAACCAAAACCGAGGCCAGAAGAUAUUGUAAAUUGUGACUUGAAGUCCACACUGAGAGUGCUGUACAAUUUGUUUACCAAAUACCGGAAUGUGGAGUGAGGAAUUUAUUUGGGACAGAUGAACGUCUGUUAACAAAGCAACCCAUCACAACAAACAAUCGUAUACUUCAUGGUCAUCCCUUUGCAUUUGUAUUUUUUAAAGGAGCUGAAUCAUUUCUCAGAAGUGUUUUGAACUGAUUAUUCUUGCUACGCUUAUUAUACCAUAUGCUUAAAAUUAGGGCUACAUUAAACCAAAUGAAAUGAUGAAGUAAAAAGUUUGAAGGAAGAUAACUAGGUACCUUCUGGGGAAUUCCAUCUCUGAUUAAUAUUUCUCUAGUCUAUUUAAAAUACUCAGAGCAACAAGCGAUAGACUUGAUAGCUUUAAUUAAACUGGACUUUAGAACCAAUUGUAGGAGGUUAUCUUCAGCUGUAUAUUAAAUAAUAAUUGGGGGGGGGAAUCAGUUAUUUUUCUAAUCUGAGAGAAGACAAUGUCUUCUAUCCAUAAUAAGAUGGAUGCAUCAGGGGAUCCUGCUAACUUACUGAAUGUGUAUGGAAGGAUAAGUAGGAUGUGAUGGUUCACACUGGAGUUAAGAAGACGAGAUCUGUAAAAGGCACUAAACCCGGUUAACUAUUUUAUGUUGUUGUAUAAAUCAAGGCUUAAAUUUUCUGGGUACUAACUGAUAUGACUACUUAUUCCUUCAGACUCGUAAUGAUGUGAUGUUCUGAUUUAAAUGUGCAUUGUCGAUCAGUCGGAACAGCACUCUUUACAGCUUGUAUGCUUGAUUCUGUGCAAUGAGAAGACCUUUACUGCGAAGUACAAAAUUCAUUACAGUGUCAAAACCUUAUAAUACAGCCUCUUCAUAAGUAUAGGAUCUAUCCUACAAAGACACCCAGGGACAGUAGAAACUGAAGUAAGGGAAUUGUUUUUACUUAAAAUGAACAGUUUAGAAAAAUAUAAUUAGUAUAAAUUAUGCAGUAUGUUGGAAGGGCACAAGGAAUUAAUAAUUAAAGCCUACAUUUAAAAAAAAACCUGGGUUCCCAACUAAAGGCCUUAAAGAAGCCUGAUUUUCAGAAAGUGGGUGCUCAAUACUUACUGAAAAUCAGACCUCUUUAGGUUGCUUCAAGUUAGGCACCCAAAAAUGGAAGCGUGCAAGAUCACUAUUCACUUUUGAAAAAUUAGGCCAAAAGCCUAAUAUCGUGUAAGAGUAGUGAGGCGUGUUUGAGCAUACACAUUUUAAUAAAAGUGGUAAAGAGUGAUCAAGAAAAGUAAAGUUUGUAGUGUAUCAUACUGUAAUAUUUGUAAAACUAUUAGAUGGGAUAGCACUUAAAUACUGUAGCCUAAAAAAUACGGGAUAAACAACUUAUUUUUUUUACUUUGAUAUUUUGCCUUUACUUUAGAAAGAAAUUCUAUAAAUUAAAUAGAAAAUAAAAUAGUGCCUGUUUUUCUCUAUAGUCUAUUUUAUACAUUCAGCUGCAGGCCUUGUAUGUUGCUAGUUUAGAUUUAUUUACAUAAAAGGAGGCAGUGUCUAUCCCCUUGGUUAGUUCAUGAUUGAAUUGUUUUGUUGUACAAUGUACAUCACGCAAAAGUAUGAUUGUUAUUUUCUGGAAACAGUCCUCCACCCUUCACAUUCUAAUGCAUUUUUUGGCAUUAACUCAGACUUGCUGAGAUUGUUACAAUACAAGAUUCUGUGGAAGUUUUAGAUGAACAAGAAUUAUUUUUCCGCUCGAAUCAUGACAUUCAUGAGCUGUGAUGAUUUUACAUUUUCAGUUGUAAGACACACAGAAGACAUGGGGCCUGCUUCUCCUCUCGCAUCUCUAUCAGGCCUCAAUUGGAUAGGCAUAGGUGUCCAUGCUAGUAGAUCACAUUGCAUGAGUCUAAAUCAGGAACAGUGCCAUUGAAACCAGUGGUUACCAAGGAGAGUAGUAAAUUAAUAAUUACUUAUAGUUUUAAAAUCAAGAUUUAGAUGUCUUUCUAAGAGGGAUGCUCCGACUCAGCCACAUGUUAUUGGGCUCAGUAGUGUUCACUUAAAUAGUUGAAAA